AUCACACUCAGGCCUAUCGAUCCCAGAGCUUUGAUCGCGAGCUCUUGGCCUUGGCAGGCCAUGGCGUUCAACAGCGCACAUGUCUUCUUCACUCUGGGCUUUCUCCUCCUCAUGGCCUCCGGCGGUGUAGAGGCGCUGCAUUGGUUCUGCAACAUCCCAAGCGGGAGUUUUCAUGGCCCAUGUAUGAGCAACGACCACUGCUUGGCUGCGUGCAAAAGCGAGUACUACAACGGCGACAAGUCGAAGCCCUUCACCGGCGGGCAAUGCUCCCUCUCCGGGUCAAUCCUUCCAAGGUGCAUAUGUUCCAUAUUCUGCGGUCCGCCGAUGGCGGAGCAUGACGACCCGGAAACCCAUCGCCAUCACCACCCGCCUCUGCCUCCGCCGUCAGAAGGUCCAGAACUGUCGCCGCCGCACCAUCACGCGCCGCCUCCGCGCCAUCACCAUUAAUUACCAUCCGCCUCCGCCGCCGGAACAAGAGCCGCCAGCACAAGGCGGCGAGUAGGAGGGGUAAAUGUGGAAGAACAAUCAAAGACCGGAUCAAACGUUCGAUUUGUAUACUUGCGUGGAAAUAAUAUGAACUGGAUUUAUAAUAAUAUAAUGGUUUUGC